CGAGAUGCACAAUGCGUCGUUCUCGGAACCGGGGUUCUCCAACGUGUCGUGCGCCGGCAUCGCUCCGGGCUGCCCCAACGCGUCGGGCCCGCUGCUGCCGCCGCCGCUGCCGCUGGCCGUGGCCGUGCCAGUCGUCUACGCUGUGAUCUGCGCGGUGGGGCUGGCGGGCAACUCGGCCGUGCUGUAUGUGCUGCUGCGGGCCCCCCGCAUGAAGACUGUCACCAACGUGUUCAUCCUCAACCUGGCCAUCGCCGACGAGCUCUUCACGCUCGUGCUGCCCAUCAACAUCGCCGACUUCCUGCUGCAGCAGUGGCCCUUCGGGGAGCUCGUGUGCAAGCUCAUCGUGGCCAUCGACCAGUACAACACCUUCUCCAGCCUCUACUUCCUCGUGGUCAUGAGCGCCGACCGCUACCUGGUGGUGCUGGCCACCGCGGAGUCGCGCCGGGUGGCCGGCCGCACGUACGGCGCCGCGCGCGCCGUGAGCCUGGCCGUGUGGGGGCUCGUGACGCUGGUCGUGCUGCCCUUCGCGGUCUUCGCCCGGCUCGACGACGAGCAGGGCCGGCGCCAGUGCGUGCUGGUCUUCCCGCAGCCCGAGGCCUUCUGGUGGCGGGCAAGCCGCCUCUACACGCUCGUGCUCGGCUUCGCUAUCCCCGUGUCCACCAUCUGCGUCCUCUACACCACCCUGCUGUGCCGGCUGCGCGCCAUACGCCUCGACAGUCACGCCAAGGCCCUGGACCGCGCCAAGAAGCGGGUGACUCUCCUGGUGGUGGCGAUCCUCGUCGUGUGCCUCCUCUGCUGGACGCCCUACCACCUGAGCACCGUGGUGGCGCUCACCACCGACCUCCCGCAGACGCCGGCCGUCAUCGCGGUCUCCUACUUCAUCACCAGCCUGAGCUACGCCAACAGCUGCCUCAACCCCUUCCUCUACGCCUUCCUGGACGACAGCUUCCGCAGGAGCCUCCGCCAGCUGCUGGCGUGCCGCGCCGCCGCCUGA